GUCUAUUGGAACCAGGCAAUGAAGCACAAUAAAACGCAUAACACACGCAUUAUAGCUUAAACAAAGACACAAUCCAUCCAAAGUCCAUCUCGACCGUGCUCAACACCAUCAUCAUCCAGUAAAAUGUCGAACAUCAUUCCAAUCACCACACCCCUGCAAGAGUUCAAUGGCCACGGAGGCAGCAUAAAUGUAGUCGCAGUUUUUCCCGAUAAACGACGGAUGGUUACGGGCUCGGAUGACAAAACCCUUCGUAUAUGGGACAUGAAGACAGGUGUUGUGUUGAAGAUGAUGAAAGGGCAUCGCAAUUGGGUGUCGGCAUUGGUAGUAUCACGAGAUGGGCAAUUGAUAGCAAGCGGUGAGGAAGGCGGAAACGUCAUCGUCCGGCACGGAGAAACUGGUGAAUCACUCGCCAAAAUCGAAGUACACUCCAAAUGUAUCUCCUCGCUGGAUUUUUCUCUCGAUGGAACAGUGCUUGCCACCGGUUCAUAUGACAGCAAAAUGACGAAACUGUGGAAUACCAAAACCUGGGAGCAGCAAGGAAAUCCAAUCGAGUCUGAUGCAUUUGUCAACUGCGUACAGUAUUCACCAUCUGGAGAACUUCUUGCCAUCGCAACAGACAGACAUAUCGAAAUUUACAAUUCAGGCACGAGAAAACGCGUCACAUCAUUCAAGGCCCACAUAGGAGAUAACUCGUCACUCGCGUGGACGCCCGAUGGCACACGCCUUCUCACAAGCGGCGAUGAUCUCGAUCCUACCAUACGCGAAUGGGAUACAAUAACAUGGAAUCAGGUCGGUGAUCCCUGGACGGGCCACACUGACCACAUCAAUGCCAUUGCCAUUCAUCCUGCUGGCACGCUCGCCGCCUCCGCAUCUACGGACAAACGCAUGCGUCUCUGGCGGCUCUCAGAUCGACAAACCAUUGCCGUCUUCAAGCACUCAUUCGAAGCGAUAUGCGUCACUUUCUCCGUGGACGGCAAUCACAUCCUCAGCGGAGGCGGCGAUAAUACGAUCUCAGAGUGGGCAGUACCUCAGGGUACUCAUCCAAAGACUAUCGCCAUCACAACAGCCCGCGAUGCAUACAUAGAUGGAGACUUAUCUACUGACGAAGAACUACCCACGCAAGAUAUCACCAUGGAUGCAAACAACCAUAAUUCCUACGCCCAUCGCUCAAAGAUCCUAGCCAUCACGACAGCCCGUAAUGCGUGCAUAGAUGGUGACUUAUCUACUGCUGAAGAUCUACUCACCCAAGAUGUCAACAACGAUCCCAACAACCAUACUUCCUACGCCCAUCGUUCAUUCGUUAUGGCGCGAAAACACGACUGGGACUGUGCCCUUCGGGAUGCAAUGAAUUCCAUCAACAUCGAGCCCUCGUUGUCAGGCUAUAUCUCCAAGGGUAUUGCCCUCUGCGGAAAAGGUCGCGUCCCGGAUGCGAGGGCAGCAUUUGAUGUUGCAUCAAUGUACACGGACCAAGAUUUACAAAUCCUCCAUUUUCUGCUCUUGAUUAAAGUCAUCGCGCUCUUCAAUGCAGAUCAAUAUGACGAGGCAAACCUCCUCCUCAAAGAACUCACUACCGGUUGUCCACAUGCCGACACUCGCGCAUGUCGUAUCGUGGAAGCAUAUCUACGUGUUCAAUUUGGACUCGAAGCCUUGUGUAGCGCACGUCACGACGAAGCCGCUGUCCAUUUCACUGCCGCCCUCGACUCCAGCAAUUUACCGUCGAAAUCGGACAUUCAUGAAAUUUACGAGGAUUUGGUGGUGCUCUUCGGCUGGGAUCUCAAAUCGUUGUGGCUCACUGCACAUCAGAAACGUUGCGAUGCACUCCUUCUCGCAGGCAAACUUCAAGAUGCCGUGAGAUCAUACCGAUACAUGACGGACAGUAUCGACGAAACAACGAGGGUCAUCUGCCUUGAAUGGUUCAAUGCUUUUACGGAAAAAUGCAGCGCGCCCCUUCUGAGCCGCGGAGAUGCCGCCCUCGCUGCAAGCGAUUUUGACAGGGCGAUUGACUUGUACUCGGCGGUGAUCGACCUGGAUUCUGCAUCCGAUGUCGUCUUUGCAAAAUGUAGUCAGGCAAAGUUAGGGAAAAGGCUGUGGGAGGACGGGUUUCUCGACGCGCAAAAGGCUACCGAACUCAAUCCUUCGUCUCACGUUGGAUACCAGUUGAUGCAUACAGCGCUUCGUGGUGCGCAACGUUACGACGAAGCCAUCGAGGCCUUCAAAAUCAUGUUGUCCAAGUUGGACGAUUCUCCCGAAGCUCAGACACGGGAUCUGCGUCAGCAGUAUGUUUGUCCAUCUGAAGCAGAAGACGCCAUUCAAAGAGCAGUCUGGAUUGAACUCGAAUAUGCCCCGCUGCGUCUACUUAACACCGCCACGGGUCUUUUAUGCGAUCGAGCGGCCCAGAUACAUGCCUUCAAAACGAGUGCACAGUAUAAGGAGCUUUUGUCAUUCACAACGAAGCAUUCAGACCUCGAAAUGGACCGCAUCAAGCAAGUGGUAGCAGCAUACUUCCGCUGCGUCUUGCUGUCACACAGGUGGGAAGAGACGGAGGCGCUGCUGCACGACAUCCGGGAUAAAGAUGUGCGCGAGUUGAAUGGACUUGGCGGGAUCGCGAAACUGCAAUCGUUCUGCGAGGUCGCUCGCAAUUCUGGGUAUCGCUGGGCGUGGAUGGACACAUGCUGCAUCGACAAGAAGAGCAACACCGAGCUUCAAGAAUCAGUGAACUCCAUGUUCGUCUGGUACCGCCAUUCAGCGCUCACUAUUGUAUACCUAUCCGAUGUGCCUCCUUCAUCCCAACCCGGUGCACUGGCGAGGAGUGUUUGGAACCAGCGAGGAUGGACCUUUCAAGAGUUCGUCGCUCCGAAAGUCGUAUUAUUCUAUCAGAAGGAUUGGUCAUUGUAUCUCGAUGAUCGCUCUUCUAACCACAAAGAGUCCCCUGCAAUCAUGAAGGAGUUGGAGGAUGCGACUGGAAUAGAUGCACGGAGCUUGAUCUCCUUUCGUCCUGGGAUGAGCGACGCUCGACAGAGACUUCAAUGGGCGUCAUCUCGCGUCACCACAUUGCAAGAAGACAUCGCGUACUCAUUGUUUGGUAUCUUCGGUGUCCACCUACCUGUCAUGUAUGGCGAGAAGAAGCAGAACGCGCUCGGGCGACUCUUGCAGGAGAUCGUGGCUCGGUCAGGAGACAUCACCGUCCUCGACUGGAUCGGACAACCUUCCGAGUUCAACAGCUGUCUUCCGGCCUAUAUUACUUCUUACGCCACUCCUCCACGCACCCUUCCAUCCUUGUCCGAAGAUGAGAUCCAGACAACUAUCUCUUCGUUGCGACAAAAUUCCAUGGCUGUGGAGUUUGCUUCGGAACUCUACGACCGGCUUGAUAACACGAGCGCUGCUCGUUUCGCGAACUGCAGAUUGCGUCUGCCUUGCAUGGCAUUCCGUGUCACAGAGGUCGGUCUAAGCUACGAUCCAUCCCAGGAGACUCGAUAUGAAGUCAAGGCAGACGGGCUUUGUGACCUGUUGGUCACCACUGUACAGCCGAUUGUUCAGUUCUCGCAGACAAGGCCCACUCAGCAAGCCUUUGUCCUUGUCCAUCCCUGGGAUCGGUCCCUCCUCGAGCUACCAGACUUUACAGAUCUGCAAGACGAUACGGAGAACGAAGGGGAUUAUUGGACGCCGCCCUCGUCUCCAUCUGACGACUCACCUCGCCGUUCUGUUGUAACACAUGAGGUGGACGAUCUAGAAUCGCGAGCAUUGCGGUUGGCUGUUCGCCUUGGGCAGCCUUUUGGGGCAUUUUUACUAGCGCGGCAGCGUGGCGGAGAAUACAAGAGGGUCGCGUCAGAUCGUGAUAUCAUUGCGCAGGUCAAAGAUGUGGCUUCUGUCCGAGACCUGAUGGACGUCAGGACGAUUGAAAUACUGUAGAUGCAUUUUCCUCUGAAAAUUAGGGAUCUGAGCAGUUUUCAUUGGUACUUUCGUAUAUAUCAUACUACAUGCAUAUGCAUUGGACUAUAGUUUCCUUUCAAAGCAGACCCUGGAGA